AUGACGCAGUUGACAGCGUAUCUCGCCGUAUUGGGUCUUCCCAUCUGUUCAGUCUCAGCCAUGGCCUUCUGCCUACUUGGGCCAUUGAUGUCAAUGAUCAAUCGGGCAGUGUCAAGGACCGUAGCGAACUGGCAACGCUUGACUCUCCUCACUACAAUGUUUGAAGAACGCUUUACCAGAGUCGUAGGCUAUGCACCCAUCGAAUUCGUCCAAGGUCCAAAGGCGGGCGGUGCCUUCUAUCCAAAAGACCAUGCGAUUCCCGGCCUUACAGACCGACAAGCCAUGUGGAACGGCGCUGGCCUUCCGCCCACCGACACACCGUUCGAGAUCGAACUGCCUGCCGACUUCAAUUUCGGCAAGUAUAUUUGGGGAACCCACGGUGCUGAAUGGGCUGCAAUUCAAAAGGCAGGAAGAUUUAAGGAUGAGCUUCGGUUCACGUGGGCAUACAAGCACGCCAUCCCCGACGGCCACCCAUUUGUUGGAGAUGUCUCCCACGCCGGGAUCGCCAAGGUCCCCCGAGUCUUGGUACUCGGGUAUGUCAUAGACCCCGACUCGGACUUUGGAGUUUGGAACGACGACCUGAUGACCUUCUGGCGCAUGGUGGCCUGUUGGUGGGCUAGUUUUUGCCUGGGAAAGGACAUCUCUCUCUGGGAGUUUCUCUGUGGCUAG